AAAUAUCUGAUAUUGCAUCCUAUCAUUUCCACAGAUCUAGCACAGAAAGAGACUUGUGAUAUCAUCCAAGUCUCCCCAUCUUCAAAACCCUAAUUAAAUAAUGUCUAUGAAAGGGGUCUCAUCAGCAGAACCAGAUAAGAUCUCCAAGAAAAUAUAUUUCCACAAGCGCAACGAUGCUCACUCCGGCGAGCUUGACGUGUUCGAGGCCGCCGUGUACUUCUCCGGCUACAACGAGUUCUCCUCCUGCGACCAUAGACACACACAUAAGCAUGGCUAUAACGCCGCAAGAGAGGAGAAUCGAAGGAGAUGGGGAAUAUUGGGAGGAGGGAGAAGAAUAAGCUUGGAUUUACCGAUUAGAUGUUCAGAGCAGGUGCAUCAUCUUCACCAAGACCAUCUUGAGAAGCCAGAAGUCAAAGCAACCAAAGAGAGGACUAGUAACGCGAGAUACAAGCAACCAAGCUCACCGGGUGGGAAAAUCGUCAGCUUCUUGAACUCUUUGUUUCAUCAAGCGGGUUCGAAGAAGAACAAGUCGAAGUCAAAGCCAACGGACCGAGAAGUUGAUGAGGAGAUCCAUGGAGGAGGAUGGAUGAGAAGGAGGAGGAGAAGUAGUAUCAGCCAUUUCUUGAGUUCAAGCAGAUCUAAUUCAACCACCACAACGACAGCAUCAGCAUCAUCAAAAUCUCUGUUGUCGUCUUCAAGCUCCGGUUUCAGAACUCCUCCUCCGUAUUCAAACACUCCCACCAAGAACUACAAGCAGUUCUUGAAUUUCACUUCCGCCACAAACCAAGUGGAAAUACAAGAGGAAAAGAAAGUAAACAAAGAGUUGUCUUGGCUUGAUGAGAAACUUAAAGUGAUGGAGAGUCUCUCAGAGAAAAAGAAGGUGUGGAGUGACCAUGAUGAUGAUGAUGAUCAUAGGAGAAUAAAGAGACAGGGAGAUGAUGACGAUGGAAUGGAGAGUGAUUCAAGUUCUGAUCUCUUUGAGUUGCAGAACUACGAGUUGUCUCGUGGAGGCUUGCCAGUUUACGAGACUACCAAUGUAGCUAACAUCAACAACACUCAUCUAUAAUCUCUGUCUCCGAGUGUCAUGAUGAAACCCAUCAGAUCUUGAUAAAACCCCCAUGAAACAAUAUUUUUAGUUGUUAUUGUCUGAGUAUUCUGCAGCUUAAAUGUAAUUCUUUUGAAUUUCUGGGAUUUGAUUGUGGAAGUGUUUUUGUAUGAGAUUUGAGGGUAGUUUUGAUAAAUACAUAGUUUUCUUGUCUC